CUGUUAUGGAAGCCAUUAAGCUGAAUGAAUGAAUGAAUAGUUGUUCAUAUCAUAGUACUCUGUGGUUAUAGUAUUAUAUUAAUUAUAUAUAAUGUUACUUGUCACAAAGUAAUAAUGUUAUAAAAUGAUAUUAAAUCUUGAAACUUGUUAGCGAAGAAAAUAAUAUAAAGGAUUCGUUGCCUUUUAAUUUAAGAGAAAAUGUCAAUUACGUAUAUACCCCGCGUAACUCAAUUGGAUUCUAUUCAGUUAGAUAAUGAAUUAGAAGAAUUGUUUAAGCAAUCACUUUUUCAAGCUACUAAAUAUUUCGAGCCUGGAGUACUACAACCAAUCCUUCCUGAAGUUGAUUUACUUAUUCGAUCAUGGAUAUUCAAAAAUUCAAUGUACGACAAAGCCUCCAGUUUUGGGCAACAAAUGUUGUCCUUAAAAUACAAAACAGAAAAUUUAACUAAAACUAAAUUAUACUGGUAUUUUGUAUACACUGUUGCUUUAAAAUAUUUUAGAGAUAGGGCAAUGUACAGCCUCACAUCUUAUACAAAAAUUCAAAAUUUCUUAACAAAAAUGGAAACAUUCCAGUUAGUUGGUGAUAUUCUUAAUUUCCUACAGUUUAUAAAUAGUGGCAAGCAUCCAGCGCUCAUUGAUUUCAUAUUAGGUCUUCAAUUAACAGCAGACAAACUUACGAGAGAGGACUUGACAGAUUUCUCAUGGACUCGUGAACUGUUGUGGCAUAAUCUUAUAGAGUUAAUUGGAACAGUCCUUUCACUAGUGAAUAUGUUUGGACUAAAGCAAAGAAUGUCAAAGAUACUGAAAUACAUGUGGUGGAGAAACCAAAUGAGAUCAAGUGCCGGUCCAAGCUCCGCUACUAUGACAAUUCAUACUACUUGUGCAUGCUGUUCAGAAAAACCCAUCCUACCUCAUGUUAUGGGCUGUUCACAUAUAUUUUGUUACUAUUGCUUAAUGGCAAAUAAGAUUGCAGACUCAGACUUCGCUUGUCCAAAGUGCUAUUACAAUGGAAGACAAGUUAUGAAAUAUGCAUAAAUCAUUAUUUAUUGUUUUUUUUUUUAUGGAGAGGAAACGUUUAAGGGUAAUGUUGUAUUAAAUAAAAAUUAUCUUUUGUU